AUGGCAAGAGAGAUAGUCAAGCAAAGACACAUCAUCUACGACUCUUUAUGGGUAUCUCUAAAUAGAAAGUACAAUGAGCAAAUUUUAUAUGACAAAAUUUGCCAGGCACUAUCUCCUUCCCCUAAUGACGAGGACUGGGAGGAAGAUGCUGAGGAAGGGAAGCAAGAGAAGCUAAAACUUUUGAAACAGAGACUAACUAAAAAGGUUAAGGAUGCUCGUGAAGAGAAGAAAUUUUUCCUAGUAAUUCUGGAUGAUGUUCCUCCUAAACAGGAUGUAGAAGACAUUAUAUCAGUACUUAACACCCUGCUAUCUGCAUGUGAGCAAAUGUAUAAGGUUCUUAUAACUGAGGGAAGAGUUGGUGAUGUCAUUUCUAAACCAGGUUUUGAACAACUAUCUCAAGCUAUUGUAGACAAUUGUUCAGGUAUCCCUGCAGCUAUCAUCACCGUUGCAGAAGCCUUAAAGUGCAUCAAACAAGAUGUCUUUUUUCUGGGAAGUGUUUUAGAGAAAGCAGCUUGUGAUCGCGGAUCAGCUUACCCCUGGACUCGUCAUCUAUUGAACUAUUGGUGUAAUAUGUUGCCUGACAGCAUAAUGGUCAACUGCUUUUGGCAUUGCAUGCAAUUUUUCAGCAGACAUGGUGGGGUGCAUUACAAUGAGUUGAUCAGCCAUUGGAUUCUAGAAGGAUGUCUUGGAAAUGUUGAUCAAAUCCAAAAGGCAUAUGAGGAUGAACACAAUGUUUUGAUGGAGCUUAUAAGUCGUAAUAUGCUUACAAAGAAGGAGGAUGAUUUAGUGGUCAUGGAGGGAUCAGUUUUGAUUCCAACUGAUCGUCGUCAAUCAUGUCCUAAUGGGAUUACAGGCCUUGGGCUGGCUAAUGUGUUGGAAGAUGGAAAGUUUCGAGGAUUUGGGAGGAUCACACAAACAGAUGGUAUGAUCAAAUCACUGAGCAGCUGGGAAAAAGUCUCCACUAUACUGAUGGAUGGAAGUCAUUUGAAUAGCGAAGACACCAAAACAUUUUUUCAGUCAAUGCAGGGACUUGAAGUAUUUUCUAUAUUUAAUCCCUGGUUUAGAAAUUUGUCCUGGUUUGAUUCCAGCAUGAACAAUCUUCUUGUGCUUGUGCUCAGAGGCUGUCCUCUAUUGGAGAAUAUUGAUGACAUCCAUAAACUUAGAAGCUUAUGUGCUCUUGAAGUAUCUAGUAGCUCCUUGACUAGCAUCCGUGAUGAUCUAUUUGGCAACAUGCAUAACCUCCGCAGUAUUAACUUCUCCUUAACAGAUAUCAAAUCGCUUCCUAGUUCUCUUUUCAAACAAGAAGAACUGCGUUACCUCAUCCUUAGAAGGUGCUCUGAAUUGGAGAAACUGCCAAGCCUUAAAGCGUUGAAAAACCUCGAGGUAAUUGAUCUUUCUGGAUCUACUUCUUUAACAGGAAUUGAAGACGAGAAUUUCUCAUCAUUGAAAAAACUCAGCAUGCUUAAUCUUUCUAAAUCCAGAAUUAUUUGCUUACCUUCCCUUCCCAAUGUUGAUCUCACUCAUCUCAUAUUAAGUGGUUGUUCAUGCUUGACAACACUGCCUAAUCUGGAAACACUGUCUAGGCUUCAAGUUCUUGAUCUUUCUGGAACUGCAAUUCAGCAACUCCCAAGCACAAGAAGAAUGGAAAAUCUUGAAGUAUUAGAUCUUUCUGGUGCCAGUGAUUUGGUUGAAAUUGAAAAUCAAUCCCUUAAUCAUCUAAGGUCCCUUCGCAUUCUAAACAUCUCCGAGAGCAAACUUAAAGAGUUGCCACAGAUAAAUGCUCUUGAGGAACUGGAGGUACUCAAUCUUUCUGGUUGCAGCUCCUUGACAGUAAUAAAAGAUGAUUCAUUUGAGAAAUUGUCUCGCCUUCAGAAACUUGAUCUUUCAAAGACUCGUGUACAACAUCUACCAACCCUUUGCAACCCCUCCAAUCUCAGUCACCUCUUGCUUAGAAGUUGCACAGACUUGACAAUGCUUUUACCUAUGGUGGAUCUUUCACUUGAGGAGAUCAUUGUAUCUGGUGCAAGUCCCACGUGUAAAAUUAGAUCUCAUUUCUUGGAGGGUAUGACUCGCCUUGAAAUUCUUGAUCUGUCUGGAACCCAACUUGAAGAAUUGCCAUCCAUGUCACAAUUCAGUGAGCUUAGGCAGCUUAAACUAAGAGAAUGUUCAUUCUUGAAAGAUGUUGAAUCUCUGGAUUCUCUGACAGGCCUUGAGAUUCUUGAUAUUUCUGGAACUGCAGUGUGUUUGCCAUCCUUAGCCACUUGUAGCAACCUCCGACAACUGUUGUUAAAAGAUUGCUCACAAAUAGAAGAUGUCCAAGGUCUUGGAUCAUUAAGCCAUCUAGAAGUUCUUGAUCUAUCAGGAACUAAGUUAAAAAGGUUUCCCUAUGAGAUCACAGAAUUGACUAGCUUAAAACAUGUAGAUCUGCCAGGCUUAAAGGAUGUAGAGAAAAUUGACUGGGGAAAGAUAAAACAUCUGCCAGAGGAGGUAAACUGGGAUGGGUGUGGCAUCUUGAAGCAUGACGAAAAUUUUGGGGAGAGCAACAUCAUUUCCAUGUCACUGAGUGGAACCAGCUUUUUUAAAUUUUUGGAGAAAAACCAAAAGUUAUUGGAGAUAGUUACUAGGAAGUUUCAUUUCUUUGUUGGUCCUCCCGAGAAGCAAAGCAAAGAUAGAAAUACCAAUUCACUCGAAGGUGAAAGUUUCUUCAAAGACGUCUAUUUCCAUAUGAGACAUAUACCUGCAGACACAAAGCGGUUUUUGGAGAUCUGUGGAUCAUAUUCUUUACUUGAUAGUUUCGAAAUCAUCCUCAAGCAUUGUCAUCAUCUGUCUUUGAUUGAUAAUAGCCUUAUAAAAUGCUUAUCAGAGCUUGGUGAGGCUAAUGUGCGGUCAAUGAGAGGCUGUUGGAUAGAAAAAUGCUCACAAAUGAAUAACAUUUUUUCAGUAAAAGAGGAAGGCAGCAGAAUGUGGAGAAAUUUGGAGAUUCUUUGGAUCUCAAAUGUUCCAAGCUUGACCAAUGUAUACUACGGGAGUCACCAAACUACGAGCCUUGAGAACCUAAAGCACUUGUAUAUUGACUGUUGUCCAAUGAUACAACAUGUUUUCAACACUUCCCAGCUGCCAAAAAAUCUUGAAACUAUUCAUGUAAAAUUUUGUGACAAUUUGAAAACAUUGUUUGAAUGCAAAACAGAAGUAGGGCCAUGUACAUUGAAGAAGUCUCUCAACGUGCGGCUGUUCGAACUGCCGGAAUGUACAAGCCUUGGGAUACAGUUUCAGCCACUUGAUAAACUGAUUGUACUCAAUGAGAAGUGUCCUAAAUUCAAGCUGGAAUCAUCCAUUUCUGCCAAUGGUGAUCUGAGUUAA